CUGGUUGCCAAUGAUGAACUAAUGAAGUUGCCAAUUCAAUUACUUGCUUUGUUCUUGUGCAGCUUCAACAUAUGAGCAAAUCGAUGAACGUGGAAGGAUAUGUUAAAAGGGUUCUUGAUGACUUCCUAAUAUUCCAAGUAAUUACCAAACAAGUUCAUGGAAAUCAUAGUCUAUUUGUUAGAUGAAUAUAAAUUAGGUGGCGAUCUCUACUUCCUUGUACCCACCUUGACACAUCUUAGAUGACCUAACUGUUCCUAUUAGCUCAACUUCCCCACCUUCCACCUUCCCUUGCUCGCAAACUGCUUGUAUAAAUGACAGCUCUCUAAGACAAGGCUUGCAUCCCAAAACUUGCAUUAGCCAUGGGCUCCCUCGUCAUCAGCAACGAGGACAGGGAAGGCGCGGAGAUCAUCUACGGCGCGGAAGAAUGCCACAGCCACUCCGUAAAGAUGCUGGAGGCGGUCGGCUUCCCGAAAGGAGUCCUCCCGCUGAGGAACCUCGAAGAGUGCGGGUGGGUGCAGGCGACGGGCUUCGUGUGGAUGAAGCAGAAGGAGCCGUACGAGCACUUCUUCACCGGAACCAACACUCGGGUGAGGUACGACAGGGUGGUGACGGCGUACGUGGAGAUGAAGAAGAUGAAGAAGAUGACGGGGGUGAGGAGCAAGCAGGUGCUGCUGUGGGUGCCCAUCACUGAGAUGAGCAUCACCGACGCCGAUGCCGCGAAGAUAUACUUCAAGUCGGCGGUGGGGAUCGGGAGGUCGUUCCCCAUCUCGGCCUUCGUCGACGAGGCGGAGGGGCAGGAGGAGGAGAAGAAGAAGCUUGAAGUCGAGGUGGGUGCCUGAGGACGUCAGAAGAUGCAUUCCCAUGUGAACUGUGUGUCCGUCUAAAUUGUUCGUGCAAUUACAUUUAUGCCCAUCACUAUGUAUCGAUGUAAUGAUGACGACAUAUCUAUACCCGUUAUAAUCCGUCCAAUAAAUUCUGAUUAAUCA